AUGGGAGCUCUUUUGGCACAGUAUCAAGAGGGUACAAGGAAGGAAAUAGCUAUCUACUACCUCAGUAAAAAGUUCCUUGACUAUGAAACUAGAUACACUCCUUUGGAAAGAGCUUGCAUUGCCCUUAUUUACGCAACAAAGAAGCUUCGACAUUAUUUGCAAGCACAUACUACUUAUCUGGUUUCGAAGUUAGAUCCAAUCAAGUACAUUUUUGAGAAGCCAAUCUUGACUGAAAGAAUAGGAUGGCAUGCGAUAUUGUUAGAAUUUGACAUUCAGUGUGUGAAUCAAAAGUCUGUCAAAGGGAGGGCUAUAUCUGAAGCUUUGGCUGAUGAACCUAUAUCGGGUGGUGAAUUUGAUGAUGAUUUUCCAGAUGAACAUAUUUUCUGUCUUAGUACAUCACAAUGGAAGAUGUAUUUUGAUGGAGCCUUUAACAGGAGGGGCAAUGGUGCAGGAGUAUUAUUGAUCGAUCCUUAUAGAGUACAUAUUCCCUUCGCUAUGAAGCUUAGUUUCCCAACGACAAAUAACACGGCUGAAUAUGAAGCCUACAUCUAUGGUAUCAAAGUAGCAUUAGCAGCUGGUGCAAAAAAUCUCACGGUGUACGGUGAUUCUUAUCUCAUAAUUUCCCAGACUAUUGGAGCUUGGAAAGUACAGUCAGUAACAAUUGUAGAAAAAGAAAUUCCAGUGGUUAAUUUUGAACCAACAAUUUCUGUAUUAACCCAAGAAGAUGAUGAGGAUGCUUGGUAUACUGAUGUUAAGAACUAUUUAAUUGAUGGAGAAUAUCCUGAAGGAAGUCACAAGAAGGAUCAAUUGGCUUUUCGAAGGCUAGCUUCUCAUUUCACAAUAUUGAAAGGUUUGUUGUAUCAUAAAAGUUUCGAUGGAAAUUUGCAAUUAUGCAUCGAUGGGGAGCAGACACAAAGGAUCAUGGAAGAGGUACAUGGGGGAGAAUGUGGGCCUCAUAUGAAUGGACGAAUGCUUGCUCGGAAGAUUUUGCGAGCAGGGUAUUAUUGGACCAUCUUGGAAAGUGAUUGCAUCCAUUUCGUACGAACAUGCAAGAAAUGUCAGCUAUUUGCAAACCUUAAUCAUAUGCCGCCAGUUAGCCUGAAUAAUUUUACUUUGCCAUGGCCUUUUUCCAGCUGGGGCAUAGAUAUCAUUGGGAAAAUACAUCCGAAAGCUUCGAACGGGCAUCAAUAUAUAUUGGUUGUUGUUGAUUAUUUUUCGAAAUGGGUGGAGGCAUCAUCAUAUUCGAAACUAGGAGCAAAACAAGUUUCAAAAUUUGUAAUCAAUAACAUUAUAUGUCGGUAUGGGGUACCUUUUGAAAUUAUUUCAGACAAUGGUUCACAAUUUGAAGGCCAUCUCAAAGAAACCCUUGAGAAGUACAAAAUUAGACAUCAUCAAUCAUCACCAUAUCGUCCUCAAACCAAUGGAGCUUUUAAAGCAGCUAACAAAACCAUCAAGACGAUAAUCGCCAAGAUGACAGAUAGGGCUCGAGAAUGGCCUGAUAAGCUUCCCUAUGCACUUUGGGGAUACAGAAUUUCCAUUCGAACACCAACUGGGACUACUCCAUAUUCUUUGGUAUAUGGAAUGGAUCCACUUCUUCCAAUCGAAACGGAGAUUCAAUCGCUUUGCGUAAUGAAUGAGAGCGAGAUAUCGGAAGAAAAAUGGUUUAAAGAAACAUACGAUGAACUUUCUUUGGCAAGUGAACGAAGGUUACAAGUCCUUCACAACAUGCAAAUUUAUCAAAGACGCAUUCCUCGGUCUUUUAUAAAAAGGUCAGGGAAAGGAAUAUCCAAGAAGGAGAUUUGGUGCUUAAAGAAAAUCAAGCACCGAUUCAUGAUCCACGUGGAAAGUUCAAGCCAAACUGGUCUGGUCUUUUCCUGGUCAAACAUCUUACACCAGCAGAAGCAGUUAAAUUGA